CUUGUACCCCCGACAUUCUUUAAUUCGAGCCCAGCCGCUGUGAGCUUCGCAUCUCCGGAGAGGAACUGUUUACUUUGCAAACGUAAGGAAAGCGUUCCGUUUGGACUUUUGCUUUGACAAGACCUUAUCAUCCCUGUGCUGGAUUUUUAAAUUGAACCGCCAUUGUGGUUUUUCAUUUUCGAUUUUCUUUUUGUUAAAAAAAAAAAGAACCUUAAAGGAAAAUGGGAGGCCAGUUGUCAAAGGGUGGAGUAGCUGUGGAGGGUAAAGUCGUCGCGGACCCCGCUGCUGCCAAAACUAAUGGCCAGGAAAACGGACAUGUGAAGACCAACGGCGAGGUCUCGGCCAAGCCCGGCGAAGCGGUGGCGGACGGCAACGGGACAGCCGAGCCGGCCAAGGAGGGCGAGGCGGUGAGCGCCGGCGACGCCAUAGAGCCGGCUCCUGCAGCGGAGGGCGAGGCGGCCAAGACCGAUGGCGAGGCGGCCAAGGAGGGCAAGAAGAAGAAGAAGUUCUCCCUGAAGAACUCCUUCAAGUUCAAGGGCAUCUCGCUGAAGAAGACCAAGAAGAGCAGCGAGGAGGCCAAGGAGGAGGCGGCCUCCCCCGCCACGGAGGACAAGCCGGAGGAGAACGGCCACGCGGCCAAGGAGACCAAAGAGGAGACGCCGGCCGCCGAGGCUAAGGCGGAAGAGGCGGCGGCGUCACCCGAGGCAGAGGCCAAGGCCGUGGAUGAGGCCCCGCCCACGGAGGCAGCUCCAGCCGCCGUCGCGGAGGAGGAGGCCGCCGCCGCCCCCCCUGCCGCCGAGGUCACGACACCCGAGGGAGAGGCCAAGGCUGAGUGACCGCGCCCGUCCACGGCACCACCACUGACUUUCCAAGAUAAAAAAUAUAUAAAUAUAUAUAUGAGAGACUCGUGCCACGUUCUUAACAAGUUAUAAACAAAACUACAGAAGAAGACGACAAAGGAUAUAACACGUUUGCUGAUUCAACCACCAGUUCACUGCCUUUUAUUAGUUCUUCGACAAACGGGAUCUCACCGGGCCCUCUCAUGACAAGUGAUGGCUUGUGUCGCCCCCUACUGGUACACACAUGAACUGGCGUAUGGGGAAGGUAAUGGAUUGGAUGUGUGAUCAGGAUUACUGACUUAUUUUCCCCAAUUCAUGGAGAAGCAUCCUUCUAAAAGCGUGGCAGCCCUAUAGCAUUUUUCUUUUUGAGAUAAACCUUUUUGACAACGGUUAUGGAGCAGGGCAGACCAUCUCCUUUACUCGAAAUGACUGUUACCCGGACGCAUAAACCUUUCAAAUGAUCUUAUUAAUUUUUAGAAUUCAACAUUCCUAUGUUUUACCCCAAAAUUUGCAAGUAUUUUGUGCUGUAUAGAAAAGUGAAAAUAAGGAGGGGCAGUUGGAUACAGCUAUGUCUCGUUCGUGCAUUUUACAUUUUUAAAUUUUGGUUCUUUUCAGGCUAAAAAGCAUUGGAGCUUCAGGCCUGGAACACAUUCUAGCUUCCUGCAGUGUUCACAUUUCAGAGUUUAUGAUGACGGGGCAAGGGUUGUAUACAAGAUGGGAGCUUUUUAUCUGCAAUUUGUCUCUGUAAAUAUGUUUUGGCCAAUAUUUUUGGUUUUCUUUCAUUUAGCUAUUGUUGAAAAUGUCAAUGGUUUUAUUGUAACUUUUAAUAAGGGUAAAUAAAUGCUUGAUCCCCUC